AUGAGGUUUUCAAUCGCCAGCAUCAUCGCCCUAAUUACCCCGCUGACGCUCGCUGCCGACUCCCUUGAGUACAAGGCAACAUCAGCGGGACAGGUUAUCAAAGAUGGUGUCAAGCUGAGAAUACUUCCUGUGGGUGAUUCUAUCACUGUGGGAUAUCUGAGCAGCGAUGGAAAUGGCUACAGGCUCAAACUUGAUGAGGACCUUUCUGCCAACGAAGUCGUUUUCGCCGGUACAGUCUACGGUGGAAACAUGAGCGAUGGAUACUAUGCUGCUUGGUCUGGGAAAACGAUCAAGUACAUCGCCGACAACGUAGGCCCAUCCUUGGUACAAAGACCCAACAUAAUUCUCCUCCACGCCGGCACCAACGACAUGAACCCAAACCCGGCAGUCUCCACCGAAGGCAACGACCCGGCGGCCGCCGCCGAGCGACUGGGCUCCCUCAUCGACCAGAUGAUCACCGCGUGCCCCGACGCCACCAUCCUCGUCGCCCAAAUCGUCGACACAUGCAGCGCCGAACAGGAAGCCGCGACGGUCGCGUACCAGAAACUCAUCCCGGGCAUUGUCGAGCAGCGCAGAAACGCCAGCCGCCACGUCCUGGCUGUGGACUUUGCGGCUUUGGGGACCGGCAUUCUGAGAGACGAUUGCAUUCAUCCGACGGAUGAGGGUUACCGUACGAUGGGUGACUACUGGUACGACUUUAUUGCGCAGAUUCCCAAGGACUGGGUCACUCAGCCGAUAGGCGAUGACCCUGAUCGAUCGAAGGAUGAGGCCGCGCGCGCGAGCAAGAGUGUGUCAACCAGCGGCGCUAUGGGCUUGUCUUCCCAGAGCUGGGUGAUGGUUCUAAUGAUGCAGUUAAUUAUGACUGUCAGUAUAAUGUGUCAAUGA